GACACACAGCAGCAGAGUGAUCAGUGAGGUCAGUAUCUACUACAGGAUCAAGCUCGGGGCUGUUCCUAACAAACCCAGCACUCCCACCUCCUACCUUCCACCUGCUGACAAAUACAGAGUGGACAUCCAGAAACUGAGGCCUCAGCAUGGGAGCCUGCACUUCAAGGUGAGUAAAUGUCCUUGGAUGCUCCAUUGGAAAGGACCUCUCAGCUGCCAAACAAAAACCAUCUUGCGUGUAAAAAUAAAAGCUUUUCGUUAGAAAUCUUGCAUCCUCAGGAAACGUCAAUGAAAAGUUAAAAAUGGUACUCAGUAGCACUUGGAUCAAGGCUGUGCUGUAGUUACAGUGAGGCUGUGCUGGCAUGUGGCAACCAGCUUCUGCAUUUCCUGCAUCACAAAAUAGUGGUUACCAGCUAAAUUUAGACUAGGUGAGAGACACUCUGCUUGCCAGUGCUGGUUAAUCUGUAAAGAACUAACAGUUUUUGCCAUGAUAUCUUUAUAUGUUUGUUUUAACUUGGUGCUAACUGUGUCUUGUGCAUUUUGACUCAUGGACACAGAGUUAUACUUUAACAGAAGCUAGUUGUAAGCAUUUGCAAAGUGUUUCCUGUUGCACCACGCUGUGACAUCUGUUGGGCUGUCAAGGAAACUGUUAAAGGGUAACACCGCAAAAAGCAUUCAAAAUACAAUUUCAUGACGACAUUGUUUUGAGAUUUUUGAAGAUUGGCAUCAUAAGUCCUGUCUGAAAGUUAAACCAGCAUUUUUAAAGUACAUGUUUCUAUCGUUUAUUCAUUGUUACUUAUUUCCUUAGCAUGGUCUAAUCAUUUCAUUUUUUUCUUAUUGUCAGAUUAAAGAAGAAAGGAGGAGGUAACUAUCCAAAGAAUAUUUACAGUGUUGACUCAGUUUUUAAAAAGUUUCAUACCACAGUUAAUAUGUGCUUUUUCUUUUAGGAGAUUCCAGAGCAGAUAAAAAUGCAAAGGUAGGUAUUUCAACCUCUAUGCUGAGUCUGUUUGGUUUGGUCUGAAUUUUCAUAACUGCUAAAUAAAGUCUGUGCUUUUAUGACUGCUUCACAUUUGCAACUGUGUUCAAUUUGCAUACUAAAUGAAGAACAGUGUGAGGUCUUUGUUGUAAGGAACUACCGGGCUGUUUAUUUGAUCAGCAGGAAGUCAUAGCCACAAGCCACAUCAGAUAGUACACCAGUUGCAGUAGCACUGUCUAAAACUCAGAAUAGAUCACGUAUAACACCUGUUCAGAAUUAACAAGCUGGCAUCUCACUGUGUUUUAUUUCAUGACAGCCAAACGAGGAUGUAACAUAUGCCUCUAUUGACCAUAGCGCCUCCACGGGAUCAAGAAGAACCAGAGCUACAACCGUGGAUGACUGUGACUAUGCAACAGUUUAUGUUCCCCAAGCACUUCAACCUCAACCCGUGUCUGAGAGCUCAUCAAAGGGAGACUGUGAAGAUGACUAUGUACUAAUGAGCUAAGUAGGAACAGAAAGGAGACAACGCCUGGCUUAUUGACAACUUUCAUCUGUCAAGUAAACCGUUGACCAAGGCUUGAGGAAACUGUGGUUAAAACUUGAACACAGACGCUGUGGUCAGCUACCAAAAGAAAGUUGACUUGAAUUAGACAUCAGUGCACGACAAACUCCACCUGAAGAGCAGGAUCCAAAGAAAUAUUUCAGAUGAGGACUUCUGGAAUUGUCCUGAGAUUCACAGACUGACCGGAAUUAUUGCCCAAACAACCGGAGAGGUUGUUUUAAACAUCAGUUUUGUUACAUUCAGUUGCAAUGUCUUUGAGCAGUUUACCCUGAAAUUAUUGACCCAAGAAGAGGCUGUCGGAUGACCCUAGAGAUACAGUUUUUAAUUAUUCUCUGGUGGCAUUUUUUCUGGUGAAGUAAAAUUUUGUACAAAUUUGCUCACAUGAAAAGCAAACCCUGAUGAAAACAACACGUGAACUUGUCAGCAUAAAGUGAUCACCGCAAGAGCACACGUUAGUUAACAAGUACGCAUAAACUGCUACUUUGAUUCUCUUCUCAGAGUGAACAUCUGAUCUUAAUCUUUGGUGAUUUUACGCAUGGGACCACUUCCUUUAACAAGUCUACACUGAAACCUCAAAUAAUACUAUGCCCACGAAUAUGAGUCCUUGUCACAUAUCUUGGUCAGGGAUGUGUGUGUGUGUGUGUGUGUGUGUGUGUGUGUGUGUGUGUGUGUGUGUGUGUGUGUGUGUGUGUGGGUGAAGUCAACUGAAGCAUUUAACAUUAUCAAUCUUACUUGUAGGCGCCAGAAUCACUUUUUCUAUUGUUGUUACUGUAGACCCUGGUCAUAUGUUGUACCACCACAAGCAGGGGCUAUGGCUUUGGUUCAUGCUAUACCGCUCUACUGAUGCACACAAGCAUAGCUAACACGUCAUCUUGUAGCAUGGCAUGGUUGAGCAGUAUGUUGAUCUGGGAAAUGGAGAUAAAGUAGCAUAACCUCUCAACCAGUGCAGGCAUGAGGGCGUAAACCUGUAAGGAGGACUGGAGGCUGGUGUUUCUAGGUCUGCUAAUAUUGCCCACACUCUCAGAAAACAAUCUAAUAUUGUUUAUCUGCUCACUCUGUUAUCCUGUUUCAGCCAUGUUUGGAAAAUUAUACAUGAUUAUGAUUUUCAGCUAACCCAUCAGAUGGGGUCUGAUAGAUGGGAAUUAAAUUUCUGCAUAAACAGGAAGGAUAAACACUGUUCACAUUCAUCUGCUUUUAGAGUUUGUGUUUAAUAGGUCCUGAGAACAAUGCACACCAUCCAAAUGUACUACUGUGUAUAUACUGUAUAAAUACGGUCUGAGAAUUCUUUUUUAAAUUAUUUUUGUUUUCUUUUAUCUGCCCACAGACUGGAUAUUAAACAAUGACGUGUUGUUAUUUUCUAUUCUGAUGUUUGCUUGAUUGUGAUUUUUCUUGUUUGUUUUUUCAAGUAAAACUUAACAGAACAAACUCAUGUUCAUGUUGAAUAUUCUGUUAAGCAACUUCAGCUCUUGAACUCGUCUAUUAGACGUCACGGUAACAGUCAUGUUGACAUCUUUCAUCAGGGGUUCUGAAGAGGAAAUGUAAAAAAGCAUGAGUGUGUCAUGUUGUGUGGACAGAAAUACAUUUGUAAAGCUAA